AUGGAUUAUUCAAUUUAUAUCCAAUUUCCUUGUUGUUUAAAUCAAAUUCAAUUUAACUCAUUAAUUAAAAAUUUAACAAAUGAAGAGUUUAAAAGAAUGAGUCAUUUUAUUGGAUAUGAUUCAUGUGGAAUGUUAUUAAAGAGUUAUGAGAUACCAUCUGCUGUAGAAUAUUGUCUUGUAAGAAGAAUGAGAAAAGAAUUUUUUGAGAGAUAUAACCUUUCACACAAUGAUAAUAAAUGUAAUGAAUAUGGAAAAUACGAUAUUGUUAAUAAAAAUAUCCAUUAUAAUUGGAGUCAUGAUGAAUGUAUUGCAUUUAUUGAAGGACCAAAAGAAGUUGGUAUUGAUAUAGUUAAUUUAAAAAGAUUUGGUUUUAAUAACACUUUUACCAAAAUUCCUUUUACUAGAGUUUUAGAGUCAAUGUCUUCAUUCUUAAAUAAAGAUGAAAAAGAAAAACUUGAUUCUACAAUUGAAUUAAAUGAUAAAAUUCAAUUAUUCGGGACUAUAUGGAGUUCUAAAGAAGCAUUUGUUAAAUUAUUAGGAAUUGGACUAGGGGAUGUUAUUACUUCGUUUUCUAUAAAUUUAAAUCAUCACAUUCCUUGUAUUAACUCAAAUAUAAAUUCAAUACCAUUAUCAAGUUUCAAUUCAGUCAUUAAUUACAAAUCACUUUCAAUUUAUUUAUACUGUUUUAAAUUAGAUUCUUUCAUAUGUUCAUUUGCAACAUAUGAUAAGUUAGAUUAUAUUCCAUUAUAUUUUACAAAUUAUUAUCUACAAGUAAAUUAG